AUCACGUGAUUGGCGAGAGAAAAAUGACAGAUGCUUGGCGUUUGGACACCUUGCCAUCUGAUGUUCUCAUAUUAAUUUUCGAUUAUUGUCAUGCAUUCGAUUUGGUGCGACUCAGCGAAGUGUGCACUCGAUUUUACGACAUUAUAAGCGGAGAAACGCUUUGGGUUAAAAAGAGCAAACAGCCGGUUGUGACGAAUCAAACUUCAAGAAAAUUUCGUGACAGGUGUAAUCCAUUAUUAUGUCUACGCACAAAAUGGCACGUAUCACACAAUUGGCAAUACGGCAGAUACAAGAAGAAAGUCCUCUUCUCGCAGAAAACAAAGCUCAUGCCAUGGAUUCAAUUAACUGGGGACACUUUGUGGUGGAGCGGCGGAAAUCAAUUGUGUGGCCUGAGACGUUCAGAGUCUUUCCAUGAAAACAGACCCAUUUUAGUUAGAGAAAAUGUUAGAAGCGAUAUAUGCAAGUUUAUCGUCAGAAAUGAAUGUAUCAUAACUGGUCACAGAGAUGGAAGUAUAAAAUUUUGGACAAAAUCAAGAUGCAACGAAUAUUUAGACUUUUACUUUAGUAUAGACAGAGCACAUACUUGUGAUAUAAAUGCUAUAGACGAGACUAGCGAUGCGAUUAUGUCUGGCUCUGGUGAUGGAACAGUGAAGGUUUGGGGACCUGUUGGUCAGACAAUCCUAAAUGUACCUUUAACAACUAUAAACAUUACUGACAGGGUGUGGUCUCUUUCUGCAGACCCAACCGGUAGAAAGUUUGCCGUGGGUUCAGCUGGAAAUAGCGACUGUCCACCGCUUCACAUAUUUGAUCUUGAAUGUUACAGCCAAUCUGAUAUACUAAAACACAAUUGGCGAAGAGGGGCGGGGAUAUUAGACAUGGUUUGGGAUAAUCCACAAACUCUGCUUACCUGUGGGUAUGACACUUACGUUCGAAAAUGGGACCUGAGGACUGGAACAUGUGUAUACUCGUGGCCAGAUCCAACAGAUGCAACUUUAUAUUGUUUAUCGUCAGAUUAUUACUAUAGCAUGAUCACGGGAUCUCAAUUUAACUGCAAGGCUGUUCUCUGGGAUCAAAGACAGAAGAGCUAUGUACAAGUUUAUUUCAUGGAUCUCUGCAGAAUGUCAAGUCCUGUUUACUGUCUAAGUUUCGACAGUACUCACUUAUACGGAGCAACAGAUCAACAUUUAGUUGAAUUUACAUUCUCAGGAUAUUCCUACAAAGAAACCAAUUAUAAAGAAAUUCUUAGAUACGAACAAAUAAGGGCGAACAGGACCAGCCCAGACUGGAUUGUAUAGAAUGGACCAACAAUUGUUAAUUGUGAAUCCUUAGAAAAGAAUCUUGUUAUAUUAAUUGUACAAAAUAAACGAUAACCUAGGAUUCGAG